AUGGAAAAAUCCAAAAAUUUCCGCAUCGACGCGCUGCUGGCCGUGGACCCCCCGCGAGCGGCCUCGGCGCAGACCGCGCCGCUGGCCCUGGUCACGUCGCUCGCGGCCGCCGCAGCUGGACCCGGCAGCGGCGGCGGUGGCGGGGCGAGUGGCGGGGCGAGCGGCAGCUGCAGCCCGGCGUCCUCGGAGCCGCCCGCGGCGCCCGCCGACCGCCUGCGCGCAGAGAGCCCUUCGCCGCCGCGCUUGCUGGCCGCGCACUGCGCGCUGCUGCCCAAACCCGGCUUCUUGGGAGCGGGCGGCGGGGGCGGCGCGGCGGGCGGCGGGGCGGGCGGCGGGCCCGGAGGGCCCCACCACCACGCGCACCCCGGCGCCGCCGCGGCCGCCGCAGCUGCCGCCGCCGCCGCAGCCGCAGGGGGCCUGGCGCUGGGGCUGCAUCCGGGGGGCGCUCAGGGCGGCGCGGGGCUCCCGGCGCAGGCGGCGCUCUACGGUCACCCGGUCUACGGCUACUCGGCGGCGGCGGCGGCGGCCGCGCUGGCCGGGCAGCACCCGGCGCUCUCCUACGCGUACCCGCAGGUGCAGGGCGCGCACCCCGCGCACCCCGCCGACCCCAUCAAGCUGGGCGCCGGCACCUUCCAGCUGGACCAGUGGCUUCGUGCGUCCACCGCGGGCAUGAUCCUGCCCAAGAUGCCGGACUUCAACUCCCAGGCGCAGUCCAACCUGCUGGGGAAGUGCCGGCGGCCCCGCACUGCCUUCACCAGCCAGCAGCUGCUGGAGCUGGAGCACCAGUUCAAGCUCAACAAGUACCUGUCGCGGCCCAAACGCUUCGAGGUGGCCACCUCACUGAUGCUCACGGAGACUCAGGUGAAGAUCUGGUUCCAGAACCGGCGGAUGAAGUGGAAGCGCAGCAAGAAGGCCAAAGAGCAGGCGGCGCAGGAGGCCGAGAAGCAGAAGGGAGGCGGCGGCGCGGGCAAAGGCGGCGGCGCCGAGGACCCGGGGGACGAGGAGCCGCUGGGAACGCCGGCGCCCGGGGACAAGGGCGGCGCACGCCGCCUGCGGGACUUGAGGGACAGUGAGCCCGAGGACGACGACGACGACGACGACGAGGACCGCUUCCCCUACAGCAACGGCGCGGGCGCGCGCGCUGCCUCCUCCGACUGCUCCUCCGGGGCCGACUCGCCGCCCCCGCGGCCCGGCGCGCCCGGCCACCAGCCCCCGCCCCAGUAG